CUAGAAAUGUGUGGCUCAAAAUGUGAAUAAAAACUAUAGGGGAAAUAUAUGAAUGUUAAAUGGAAGAACAAAGGCCCAUCCCCUUCACACAGCUCAGAUUAUUUGAUCCGGGCCAACUGGGUCGAUGACGAACCAAGUCCCAACAUUUCCAGCAUCAUCAUCCUAUAAAACCCGCCACCCCUCCCUCCCCGAGAAGCCAGCCAGCUCCACUCCACCAACUCGUCCUCCCACGCUCCAAGCUCCACUAACCCACCACCAGCAGCUCAGCUCCACAAAUACCGAUGGCGAAAUGCAGCAAGAUCCGCGACAUCGUGUGGCUCCGGCAGACCCUGCGGAGGUGGCGGUCACGCGCCGCGGCGCGCGUGGCCGAGGGCGGCGCGGCGUCGGCGGCAGUGCCGGCGGGGCACGUGGUGGUGUGCGUGGGCGGGGCCUCGCGGCGGUUCGUGGUGCGGGCGGCGCACCUGAACCACCCCGUGUUCCUGGAGCUGCUCCGGCAGGCGGAGGAGGAGUACGGGUUCCGGACCGGCGCGUGCGGCCCCGUCGCGCUCCCCUGCUGCGACGAGGACCGCUUCCGGGACGUCCUCCGCCGCGUCUCCUCCGAGGAGCGCCGCUGCCGUUUGUUCGGCUGCCGCGUGCCGGCGGCCAGCGCCCGCGACGUCGCGACGCGGCCGUUGCUGCAGCGGGCGGCGGCGGAGGAGCUCGUGUGGUGACGGAUCGAUGGAAGCAGCACGCGUAGCCCAUUCGGCGUACGUGCUCUGCUCUGGCCGUGGUGACUUGACUCCGGUGGCAGCAGCGGUGGCACUGGCAGCAGCAACUGGUCUUCCGGACGCGGGAACGGCGACAGCGUGCCGUGGCCGAGUAGACAGCGCCCGCCAGCCCGCGCGCAUGGCAGGCGCCUCGGAUUGAAGGGCGUGUCCAGUGGCCGGUCAAGUGCCCGGCCGCGCCGCGCGUGAGGAACUGAUGCCGGCCGGCGGGCGGGCUUGGGGCCAGCUCUGUGCUGCUUGACUGUAGUUUACAAAACUUGUACAGUGAUUAGUUACAUACUCCGGCUGUACAGGGAGUAUAUGAUACGAAAUCUCUGGCUGUUCGUAAUUGGUAACGCUCCUUUGCAGGUUAUACAUUCGUUCUGUUGUCGCCUGUCAUGUGUUCAUGACGUUGACGCAGCCAAACUUAGUGGCCUUGGUGCUCUCAAUGGGUGCCAUUGGUUUUAAUACAAUCGCCUUCUGCUAA